AUGAAGGUGGUGUUCACUCUCUCCUCUAGGAAUCUGGUCACCAUCUCGCCCACCAUGAAUACUACCGGUUUCGUCCAGGUCUCGCUUGGAUACACUAACAUGGCGUUUUCCUUUGUCUAUCUUCAUGAACAUGUUAGCGACUCUUUCUUCGACUCACCACCGGAGACUGCUUUCUACAUCUCAAACAUCACUGAGUGGCGAAAGGAAAUCCCUACACCUGUUGUUUCCGCACCGGACUUUCCUUUCUCUUCAGACUUCCAGGACAUGCACACUUCAGACUUCUUCGAAUUGAAAGAUACUGCUUCUGAGUGCAGCAUGGACAGCGCAUACCAGAGCCAAAGUGGCGCCAGCCGGCGCGGAGCCCAGAAGCCAGAGCUACACCGCCAGGACAGCCGGAGCCGGAUGAGCAACCAGUUCGUUGGCAGCGACAUUUACUCACCAACCAUGAGCUCCGACAACUACAGCGCAUUCCCAGAGACCCUGGACAUGAGCCACAUGCAUCAACCAGCCACAUCCGGAACAUGGAAUGCCACAGAGGGACCGCUCUCUUAUGCUAACUAUUCUACUGCUCAGGAUUACACACAUUACUCGACAGCAAACAUGCCCCGCUUCGGGCCUUCAACUCUCAACGACUCACCACAGUGGGCUACGUCCGAAACCAACUUCCAAAACAACCCAUUCACCUUCACAUCGUGGCCAACGAACGACAACAUGUUCAACACCACCCCUCAACGAAACUGGCACAGCGCUUCUUUCGAUGCUUCAGAUCGUCCUGCUACCCUACGUAACUCAUCAUCAUACUCUCUUCAUGAAGAGUCACGGCGAGCUUCUGCUCAAGAUGCCGGCUUCGGCGCAUUUGUCGGUACUCCAACCAGCACUACCAGUGUCCACUUUCCCCAGGCAGUGAACAACACCAUCGAAGAGACCAAGCCCGCGUCUGUGGCUCAAUCAGUUGACGACAAUGAAGACAUCCUUUCUCAGUCUGAGGCGGCAGAGACCAAGCUCGAAGAGGAGCGCACCAAGGUCGCACGCAGCCACCCACUUUACCAGCAGACACCAGACAAGGAUGGCAAGUACCACUGCCCCGAAGAGGGCAAGGCAGGAUGCACACACAAGCCCACAGCUUUGAAGUGCAACUACGACAAGUACGUGGACUCUCACCUGAAGCCAUUCCGUUGCAACAAGAAGACCUGCGUUGGUGUGCAGUUCUCCUCUACUGCGUGUCUCCUCCGUCACGAGCGGGAGGCACAUGGCAUGCACGGUCAUGGAGCGAGGCCACAUCUGUGCCACUUCCGCGACUGUGAGCGAGCAGUCCCAGGUCACGGGUUCCCUCGUCGCUACAACCUCUUUGAUCACAUGAAGCGUGUGCACCAGUAUGACGGGCCCACUACAGAGCCCUCGCCACCAGUUCAAGGACAGGCUCCUCGCAAGUCGGCGUCUCGCAAGCGCAAGGCGUCAGCUGAGGAGACUGGCGAGAAGCGCGUCAAGGUCGUCAAGCUUACUGCCGAGCAACAACGCCAGCAGCGCCGCGACGCCCUCACCAAGGAGUUCUUGAGCAAGAAGCAACACAUCAUCGAUGUCUUGAUGAACCUCAACACUCCAAGUGAUCUUGGGGACGACAUUCAGCUCACAAAGGAGGUUGUCGGACUUCACGACAUCUGCACUCAGUACCGAGAUGUCUUCGGCGGCUGA